UAACAUGUUAAUUACGAUUAAGUUCAAGUUAAAGAAAUUAUUUAGAUAAAUGUUAGCGUUGUGUUUUUAUUUUCAGCGCCGAUUGGCAAAAUCGCGCAAGGUAGAGGCUAAAAUGGUUGAAUGAAAAAAGAAAUCCAGCAGGACUAGCUAGGCCUUUGCGUCCUUAUCAAGCGUCUAGGUAGCUAGCUUACUCGGCUAGCAAGUUUGUGUGCUAACGGGCUGCAGGAAAAUCCGUCAAUCUUAUGCGAAAUGCAUCAUUAAACUGCACUGUGUCACGGACAUUAAGAGUCUGGUAGACCAAAUAAGAAAUAUAUAACCGCUUCCCUCGGGAGUUCGAGCCCAGUUGGGUCUUUAUCUUCAGAAGACCAUGACUUUGACCCAACAGCAGACAUGUUAGUCCAUGAAUAUGAUGAUGAAAGAACAUUGGAAGAGGAGGAGACGAUAGAGGGCGAGAGGAACUUCCGCUCUGAAAUAGCUGAUUUAGAAAAGGAGGGCAACAUGCCACUGGAGGAACUUUUGGCGAUGUAUCGCUAUGAACCGUCCGUCAGUACUGGAGCAGGAUCCAGUAUGGACAGCUCAUCUGGUGAACUUACAGAUGAGCUGCCAGAUAUGACACUAGAUAAGGAGGAAAUAGCUAAGGACCUGCUGUCAGGGGACUAUGAAGAAGAGACUCAAUCCUCUGCUGAUGACUUGACACCGUCAGUGACCUCUCAUGAAACCACAGAUUUCUUCCCUAGAACACUCAGAUCUAACGCUACAUAUGAUGGAGAUAAGGAAUCUGAGGGAGAGGAAGAUGGCCCAAGCCCUGAAGACUCGAGAAAGGAGAUAAUGGUUGGAUCUCAGUACCAAGCUGAAGUACCCACUGGAAUCUGCAGUUAUGGAGAAGAUGAAAAAGUGUAUGAGGAGGAGGACCAGUUACUGUGGAAUCCUGGAUUCCUGUCAGAGAGUAAAGUGAAAGAAUUCUUGUCCCAAGCAUUGUCCCGUACUACAGAAGGGAUAUCAGACAAUGGUGAAUGUAAAGGACAUGUACGCGAUAACGAACAGGCUUUGUAUGAACUUGUGAAAUGUAACUACAAUACACAUGAAGCCUUGGAACGAUACUGCAGUAAUUUGAAAUCUUCUAAAGAAGAGUCACCACCCUGGUCUGAAGACGAAUGCAGAAACUUUGAGCAUGCACUGCAAAUAUAUGAGAAGAACUUUCACCUCAUACAAAAACACAAGGUGACGACACGAACAGUUGCAGAAUGUGUGGCUUUUUACUACAUGUGGAAAAAAUCGGAGCGCUUUGAUUAUUUCGUACAGCAGAACCGCUUUGGAAAGAAAAAAUACAGCAGUUACCCUGGUGUCACUGAUUUAAUGGACAGACUGGUGGACGAGGCUGAGGGUCUGGCCGACACCACGUCGUCCGUGUGCUCAGUGGGAGCCAGUGGCCGGUUGGAGCCUAGUGCCGAGCAGCAGCUAGGCCUCCUCAACUCCAUCACGGCCAGCGACCUCACAGCCCUUAGCAACAGCGUGGCCACUGUCUGCAACCAGAAUGACUCAAACUGUCUAGACUCCUACAACUUCCCACCCCUGGAGAGCAUACACCGGCCACUAAACCACGAGGAGCCGCUGGAUUUCGGCCCCAGCGGAGAAUCGGAGUGCCUCGGCCUGCUGGAGGGGGGGUUCUACCGCUCAGACCUGGGACCCAUGAGUGCGUGUGGGGGUCGGGGAAGCAGCGGGGUCAAGGACUGCGAGCGUCCCCCCAAGAGGAUGAAGAUGACGCUGGGCCCAGACGCGUUCAUGGGGGACGUGUCUGUGGCCAGUCUCGGAGUGGACUUCGAUGGAAGCCGGAGGGCACACCGCAUCACUGGAGCCAAGAUGGCGGUGUCAGUCACAGACUUCAGUGGCCUGGCCACGGCCGAGCCCAACGGGUUCAUGGGCCCACAUGCACGGCACCAUCACCAACAUCAACACACAGCGCUGCAGUCUGAGUAGUGUGCACACACACACACACACACACACACAAACACUCUCUCUCUAUUUCUCACUCUCUCACACACACACACACACACACACACACACACACACACACUCUUAUUAUCAUUCUGCAUACACCACAGUGUACAAACCAUGUACAUAGACUCACUGAAAGUGAUUCAGAUUUUUUUUUUAAAUGGAAAAAAAAGUAUAAGUCUAUAUACGUAUACGUAUACAUUUUUUUUUUUUUUUUUUCAUUUUGUUAUAUAUUAUGACAUCAGUGAUGUCUUUUAUUGUAUAGAACAAGAAAAAGUCUUGAUUUCUCAAGAGUUUAUAUAGCCAUUUAUUUGACCUGGCCUUAGAUUCUUUGUACUCCUUCAUAAUCCUUGUUAAUGUCUGGUGAGUCAUUUGUCUGUCAUCCCUCUGCUUCUCUCUGGCAUUAUCUGAAGUUAGAUGUUGCCAGAAACUGCAUUUGUUUUUGUUAGUUUUUCAUUUGUUUUGUAAUUGGAAUGUUUUUUUUUUUUCUCCUAGAUAUGUCAGUGUUUACACACACCUAGACAGACUAGGCCUUGGCUAAUGUAGCAUUUUAUAUGUCAGGAUUUUUUGUAUUCAAUGCAGUAAGAGCCUCAGCGGUCAAGACUACACAAGAGAGAAGAGCACUUUUUUGGCUGAGUCGUUUCAUGUCCUGCUCCUUGUUUUUCUUCCUGUGGAUGCAUGCAUGCUAGCUUGUCUGCAAUUUUUUUUUACCAAUACCACAUAGGGGCCACAAGAGUUUUGUGAUUUGGUAAAGUGCAAUGUUUUAUAAUGAACAAUUUCAUAUCUGUCCUUAUAAAUAGCCGUGAGUUCCUGGUGUGAUUUGUUCCUGAUUAGGUGUACUAUACCAUUGAGAUCUUCCUCUCUGCAAAGCACAAUAUAUGCUUUGUUUGGGGCUGUUUGGAUUAGUAGUAUUUGAAAUGGGCAGGUGUUCGUUUUCAACAACUUGCACGAUUUGAGGGCAUCAUACAAUUACCACUAAAAGCUUUUUGUGUGUGGAUGUGUCACUGAAAGUGUCUUGGAGUUUUUUUGGAAGUUUUUUGAUUCACAGGUAACAUUCACCUGCCCAAGGAGAAUCUUACUUUGUAUCUUGACAGCAGAGUCUUCAGUACAAAUGUCAAGAAUGUCAAAUAUUUGUACAGAAACCAUAUGGCUACAUUGGCUACCAUCAUGGGCCUUUGCAUCCCUUGUUUUUUUCCCUUUGGCAAUGACAUGUUGCAAGUGGUUGCCAUCAUUAACACCAUGUGGUAAUCCAUCUUGCAAUUGUUAAAGGUUCCCAGUGAUGUCCGUCAGGAACUAAUUAGCAGGACAAGAUUGUGAUUGAGACUUUUUGUCACUGGAACUUGGUCAGUAUUAUGUUUUAAUGCAGCUGCAUAUGUUAUCUGUAUUCAGUAUUACCAAGGGGGGAAAGGGUGGAUAACCUGUUAGGUGUUUGUAUUUUAGGUUGUGAAGUUGUAUUGGUUUGAAAAGUGACGGCGUGUGUGUGGGGGGUGGAUACACAUUUUUGGAUUUGUUUCAGACAAAGCAGUAGUUACCCAUCUGUAACCAUACAUAUUAUUAAUUUAUGGCAUUCGUCUAUGCAGACAUUGAGAACUUAAUUUCGGAGGAUCAAAGUGCAUGUUGCAUGUCAAGCUUUCUCUCUUAAGCCAUAUAGUACUUCUCUAUACCAUUUUUGUACUAGUAACAUCACAAACCAUUUUCACCAUGAUGCAGCUCAGAAAUUCUGUGACAAAUUAUGGCAACAACCUUGAGUUUGUAAAAUCACACGUACUUAUUAAGGGAAUUGCUGAUGCAAAAACUAAAAACUUUCAAUUACUGUUAUGGUCCUGAGGCAAUAAUUUGUAGAUAUGUAUAGAUGUCCUGUUAAAACAUUUUCUCUGUUUACCAUUUUGCUUUUUGUUUGUGUCUUUCCUUUUCUUUUUUGUGUUUGUUUUGUAUUUUUAUGAUUAUUCAUCUAAACCACGCAUGCAACCACUCCUUUCCCUCAAAAACCACUAUUGAGUUUUUUUUUUUUUUUUUGCAAUUCUGUAAAAAGUGUUAAUAUAUUGUUCAAUAUGGCACAUGCGUUUGAAUCACAUUAACUCACAAGAUAAUGUCAACUUUUAAAACAACUAAUUAAUGUCUGUUGUGAUUAGGAGAUUGAGUCAGAUUGCUAAAUACUAAUCAAUAUGAUGAGGUUGUGUUCUGGUCAGAAUGGCUGGUCACUGGUUCUUUUACUAAGGCAGUUGGUGUUUCAUGAGCACAUUACAGAGAUGUGAUAUCAGCCCUAUUUUAAAAGAUCUGGACACAAACACACAGCAUAAUCUAAAUCUUAAAGUUGUCCCUUGCAGAAUGUCCAUAUUGGGCUUCAGUCCCACUAUAUGUUUGGCAUGGGUUCUUUCUUUGUAUUGCAUGAGUCAUAUUUUACCCUUGGGCUGUUUUUGAGCUAAAACUUAUAUCGAUAUAUUGAUUCUUUGGAAGGCAGUUAGAUUCUGACUGUCAUAAAAACAUGCUACAUGAGGAUGACAUGCCAUCAUACCCUGUGAACAAAUUUUAAAGGUACAGCCAGAUAAACAUAACCCGUAGAUAAUUUUCUUGCGUUGUAUGGGAUUAAGAUAGUUAAUGCUAUUCACGUUGGGGACUAUAUGAAAAAAUGUGUAAGAGCUGGAUUUGGUGCGUGCAAAGAAAAGUUGUUUUUAAUCCUUCCUCUUGUAUAUCAGUGUUUCUCAUUUUUCUCGGUUUUUGUUUUCUUCUUUCAACAUCACACAUGUAGAGGUACUGGAACAGUAUGUAUGUGGAUAAGGUAGCUAGAGCAGCUCCUGCAACCUUGCGCUGAGUUGUGGUUAAAUGGCAAAGUUUUAAGCUGUGCAAAUCACAUUCUACUCAUGGUCCGUAUCUUUUUGAAGUUCACAAAAGAUGGGUUUGAAAUUUAUUGACAUGUAAAGCUUUCAGCAACCCCUUGAGAUCUUGUAAAUGUAGAUAUUUCAGUGAAAUGUUUUGUAGUUUUGUUAGUGAGUAGGCACUAAAUGUCAAUUUUCAUUUGAGAUGGAGAUUGAGUAAAAAGUCUGAGAAAUAAAAAUGAAAAAUAUAUAUGUGAAUAAUACCAACAAAUACUUUAAAUGUAUAUUCAGAAAUAUAGACAAUCAGUACAUUUAAUAUUUGAACUAUUUGAAUGGAAAUCUUUAUUGUUUAUAUAAUGUGUACAUAACUUUUCCCCUUUUGGUUAGCAUUAUUUUGUAUUUUCUGUUGUACUUUAAUACUUGGUGUACAUAUCCAGGAAUAAAUCUCUGGAAAUUG